UCAAACCAUUGCCAUAAUUGCAUAAGCAAGUAAAUUGUCCAGUAUGUGUGAAGGAGAUUUUGUACCAUACAAUUAGUAUGAAAACCAGAGGUUGAAACCACUAGUCAUGUGACACACAAACCACAUUAAAGCCAUUCUAACCAGUUACUUUAUAUACAAACCACACCCAUCUCACCUGUGCACACCUCUUGCCACUUUCUUUCCCUCUCGUUCUCUUUCUUUACCCUCUCUGUCUAAUCCUCGCUCAACUUUGUUUUCAUCUAUCACUAGACUCUCGAUCAAACCAGAUUAAAAAUGGGCUGCUUCACAUUUGUCAAAGUUGUGAUGGUUGUGUUCAACUUGCUUAUCUUUCUGGCGGGCGUGUGUUUGGCGGCCGCAGGGAUAUGGGUGACAGUGGACGAAGAUUCCUUUAUGAAAGUUUUGCCACCCUUUACCGAUGAUUUCAAGAGUCAUGUCAAUGUAGGAAUCUUCUGCAUCACUAUUGGAGCAGUUAUGACACUGCUUGGACUGCUGGGGUGCUGUGGAGCUCAGAAAGAGAGCAAAUGCCUUCUUAUAACGUUCUUCUCCAUCAUCCUGAUCAUUUGCAUUGCUGAGACAGCAGCCGCAAUAGUAACCCUGGUCUAUUCCUCAUACACUGAGAUCAUUCUAAAAACGUGGGCCACGCCUGGACUGAAGGUGCAGUAUGGGAAAGAUAAAAUCUUCACAGACUUGUGGAACUCGACCAUGACAACUCUGCAGUGCUGCGGCUUCAGCAACUACACAGACUUCUCUGAAUCCUACUACUAUAAGCAGAAUGGGGACCUUUACCCUCCUACCUGUUGUGGCUGUUACAAACAAAUUGUAAAGAACAUCCAGAGGAACGUCAAAAUUGUGGGAGGAAUAGCUGCUGGAGUCACUGCCAUUGAGGUGGCAGCGAUGGGGGUGUCUAUGUACCUCUAUUGCUACUUGGACAAAAAAGCCACCUGAAAGUCUCAUCUUAUAGUUUGUUAUAAUGUAUAUGCAUCUUUUCUUUACGCUACAAUGUUAGUUACUUUAAGUGUAGAUAAUACUGUAGAUAU